AUGGCUGAGAGGGGCGACUGCCUCGCCAGUGUGUAUGGGUAUGACCUCGGGGGACGCUUCAUUGACUUCCGGCCCCUGGGCUUCGGGGUCAAUGGGCUGGUGCUGUCAGCUGUGGACAGUCACACGUGUCGCAAGGUGGCUGUGAAGAAGAUUGCCCUGAGCGACGCCCGCAGCAUGAAACACGCGCUCCGGGAGAUCAAGAUCAUCAGGCGCCUGGAGCACGACAACAUCGUGAAGGUGUACGAGGUGCUGGGGCCCCAGGGUGCUGACCUACAGGGUGAGCUCUUCCAGUUCAGCGUGGCUUACAUCAUCCAGGAGCACAUGGAGACGGACCUGGCACGCCUGCUGGAGCAGGGCACGCUGACGGAGGAGCACGCCAAGCUGUUCAUGUACCAGCUGCUGCGUGGCCUCAAAUACAUCCACUCUGCCAACGUGCUGCACAGGGAUCUGAAGCCAGCCAACAUCUUCAUCAGCACAGAGGACCUGGUGCUCAAGAUCGGCGACUUUGGGCUGGCGAGGAUCGUCGAUCAGCACUAUUCUCACAAGGGUUAUCUGUCAGAAGGGCUGGUGACAAAGUGGUACCGCUCCCCUCGACUGCUCCUGUCCCCAAACAACUACACCAAAGCCAUCGACAUGUGGGCUGCAGGCUGCAUCCUGGCCGAGAUGCUCACAGGGAGAAUGCUCUUUGCAGGGGCUCAUGAGCUGGAGCAGAUGCAGCUUAUCCUGGAGACAAUCCCUGUGAUCCGGGAGGAAGACAAGGACGAGCUGCUCAGGGUAAUGCCCUCCUUCGUCAGCAGCAGCUGGGAGGUGAAGCGGCCACUGCGCAAGCUGCUCCCCGAAGUCAACAGCGAAGCCAUAGACUUUCUGGAGAAGAUCCUGACCUUCAACCCCAUGGAUCGCCUCACAGCCGAGAUGGGGCUCCAGCACCCCUACAUGAGCCCAUACUCAUGCCCCGAGGAUGAGCCUAUCUCGCAACAUCCCUUCCGCAUCGAGGAUGAAAUCGACGACAUUGUGCUGAUGGCCGCCAACCAGAGCCAGCUCUCCAACUGGGACAGGUGCGGAUCCAGCCAGCCCUCUGUUCUUUGCAGAUACCCAGUGAGCCUGUCCUCAGACCUGGAGUGGAGGCCCGACCGGUGCCAGGAUACAAGCGAGGUGCAGCGCGAUCCGCGCGCGGGCUCAGCGCCACUGGCUGAGGACGUGCAGGUGGAUCCCCGCAAGGACUCGCAGAGCAGCUCGGAACGCUUCCUGGAACAGUCACACUCGUCCAUGGAGCGUGCCUUUGAGGCCGACUAUGGGCGCUCCUGUGACUACAAGGUGGGCUCGCCGUCAUACCUGGACAAAUUGCUAUGGCGCGACAGCAAGCCGCACCACUACUCGGAGCCCAAGCUUAUCUUGGACCUGUCCCACUGGAAGCAAGCGGCCGGCCCGCCCCCGACGACGGCUGCUACUGCGAUGGGGGCUACUGGAGCUGUGCAGCACGAGGAUGAGCCCGCCAACCUCUUCCUGGAGAUUGCGCAGUGGGUGCAGAGCACGCAGGCCGGCUCCGAAUGCGCCACCGCAGCCCCGGUCAGCCCCGAGCGCAGUCGGGCCGCCUCGCCCCCAAGAUGCCCCGCACCUGGCAGCGAUGGCGGCGCCAGCCCCCAGUUCGACUUGGACGUGUUCAUCUCUCGCGCGCUGAAACUGUGCUCCAAGCCGGAGGAGCUGCCAGACAGCAAGCUGGUUGACCUCAACGGCGCGUGCAUCUCCGAACACCCUGGCGACCUCGUGCAGGCAGAGGCCUUCUCCAAAGAACGGUGGUGA